GACUUUGCAGGCUCCCGCUCGGACUUCGUUAUUGUCGGGCACCCCGAGUACAACCUCGGAAAGGCCCAGUCCGAUUAUGGCUACAAGGAAGGCUGGGACAAUCGGCCGAUUCCGUCGAAGCCUGGGAGGAGCUUGCCUGGCGACAGAAUCCAGCGAAAGGGCAAAGCAGCCUACCUGGAAGCCUUGGCGAAGCCUGCUUGCAAGGCAUCUUACAAGGAGCGGGCAUUGGCCAAAAGCCAGUCCGACACGCAGGUAAGAGCUCGGGAUGGCGGCCGAGACGCAGGUAGCACCAUUGACACCUUCUUGGAGGAGCUGCAGGCAAUGGAGAAGUUGCCGCCGUGUUCCCCGAAUCGGCUGACCUCGGGGUGGGCAAACGACAUCAGAUCUCAACCAGUCAUGAAACAUUACUCUGCGGUGCAGGAAGACCUCGAAGUUCUGCGCAGGCGGCUACAUCGUACGCCCAGUGCGGUGAAGGCAGAGCUGCAGCAGGAUGAUGCUUGGCGUUACUAUGACCUCUACUUUCAGCAGGCCAAGAAGAACGGAGAACAAAUCAGGCAGACCAAGCUGAAGGCUAACAAGAUGAUGGAGAAGGCCGGGGAGUAA